CUGCACCUCAACAAAGCAAGGCUGUCGCAUCGUUCCUUGUCUCGCCUCAACUCAUCCCGUCGCGGUCUCGGCGCCUCUUAUCGUCUCUUUUACGGUCAACCCAUUUGUCUACGGUCUUAAUUGAUCUCGAUCGGCACCAUGUCGGACUACGGCGAUCACGGCGAUGAGGAUAACUACGACUACGAGCCCGCGGAGCAGGAGUACGAUGACAACGAGCCCGAGGACUUCCUCAACCCGGAAGAUUUGGAUCCCGAGGGAGGUGACGACUAUGGCGAGUCUUAUGCGCCGGCCGUGAAUGGCGACCGUGUUGUUGUCUCGGGCGACCCGAAUGCCGGUUAUUCAGGCAAGGUGAUGGAGCAGGCGCGGGAGAAGAAGGUGCCCAACGACCAGCGCACGACGACCCCAUACAUGACCAAGUACGAGCGGGCGCGUGUCUUGGGAACCCGAGCUUUGCAAAUCAGUAUGAACGCUCCGGUGCUUGUCGACCUUGAGGGUGAAACGGAUCCUUUGCAGAUCGCCAUCAAGGAACUCAACCAGAAGAAGAUUCCUCUCAUUGUGCGGAGAUAUCUGCCUGAUGGAUGGUAUGAGGACUGGACGUGCGAGGAGCUGUUGUAAAAAAAAGGGUGGAGACGGUAUGGAUGGCUGUACAUUGAUAAAUGGUUUCUCUUGUCUUUUCUUGCUUCAUAAUUGUCACGGUCUAAGUGUUUCUCUCUUGGGCAGCAUAGCGUUUGGAGUUUCGGAGUAGGGAAGCAAGCCAGAAAGGCUUGAGCAAUCCCUAGGUUACUAGGACGAGCGCACCAAAAAAGCACACAAGGAUAACGCACUGCAGUUUAUAACGGCAAAAUACGAAAAAAAAAAUCCAUUGAUGUUGACAUACUUGUUUUGAAGCUCGGGUCCGCUAAUAGCUAUAUCUGGCGCAUUCUGCUCGCCACUGCAUACCUUGACCGCAACUCAGCUGUACCGG